CCCCCCAGCAAACCCAUCCCCUCGCGUCUGCUUGUCGGAGUGAAAAACCACAUUCUCCGAUUCUUGCGGCGGCUCCGGUCGGCGGCCGUCGGCGAAGUCGGCCGUAGAGGUGCCGGGGAGGCCUCUGCGGACGCCGGUUUCGGGAAAGUAUUGAGACGUUCUUUCACGGGGUCGUUGGAAGCGGAGUGCCGACGGGAGGGUGAGUGAAUCGGAAGCGGAGUGCAUGUUCGGACGGUGGCGCUUCGUUGGAAUGGUUUGUAGUAGGAGAAGAGGUUACGGUAAAGUUUUUGGACGGAGUGAGUGAUCGUGGAGGGAAAUGGGGAGAGUAGUGGUGGGAGUGGCUAUGAGUGUUGCAGUGGUGGCUUGCAUAGUGGCCGCUGGUGUGGUUGGUCGGAGAGUACAGAACAGAGGGAAAUGGAGGAGAGUGGUGAGGGUUUUGAAAGAGCUGGAGGAGGGCUGCGAAACGUCCGUGGGGAGGCUGAAGCAGGUGGUUGACGCCAUGGCUGUGGAGAUGCACGCUGGUUUGGCUUCAGAAGGAGGUUCCAAGCUCAAAAUGCUCCUCACUUUCGUUGAUAAUCUACCUGACGGGAAUGAGAUUGGGACCCACUAUGCACUUGAUCUAGGGGGUACAAAUUCCAAGGUCUUGAGUAUUCGAUUGGAAGGUAAUAGAUCGUCUAUCUUUGAACAUGAUGUGGAACAGCUUCCUAUUCCCCAACAUUUAAUGACCAGCACAGGCAAUGAUCUUUUUGAUUUCAUUGCUUCGUCGUUGAAGGAAUUUAUUGAUAAAGGAAAGGAUUCUGAGGUUCUUCUAGGUGGGAGAAGGGACCUUGGUUUUACAUUCUCUUUUCCCACAAAACAAACUUCCAUUUCAUCUGGCGUGUUAAUUAAGUGGACGAAAGGAUUUUCCAUUGGAGACAUGGUUGGAAGAGAUGUUACUGAGUGCUUGGAACAAGCUAUGAACAGAAAGGGUCUCAACAUAAGGGUCACAGCACUUAUAAAUGACACUGUGGGAACAUUAGCUCAUGGACAUUAUCACGAUGCUGACACCGUUGCUGCAGUGAUAAUUGGAACUGGUACCAAUGCCUGUUAUUUGGAGCGUACAGAUGCUAUUAUCAAGUGUCAGGGACUUCUUACAACCUCUGGAUUCAUGGUUGUUAACAUGGAGUGGGGGAAUUUUUGGUCCUCUCAUUUGCCUAGAACUUAUGAUAUUGAUUUGGAUUUUGACAGCCCCAAUCCGAAUGAUCAGGGCUUUGAGAAAAUGAUAUCAGGGAUGCAUCUGGGUGACAUUGUGAGAAGAGUGAUUCUUAGAAUGUCGCAAGAAUCUGAUAUUUUUGGGUCAGCUUCAUCUAGGUUAUCUAUUCCAUUUGUGUUGACAACACCUCUAAUGGCUGAAAUGCAUGAAGACGAUUCGGCGAACUUGAGAGAAGUAGCAAGGAUCUUGAGAGACAUUUUAGGGAUCCCUGAAGUCCCGUUAAAGGCUCGGAAACUUGUAGUAAGAAUAUGUGAUGCGGUGACCCGCCGAGCUGCCCGGUUGGUGGCUGCUGGCAUUGUGGGCAUCCUAAAGAAGAUGGGGCGGGACGGAACAGGUGGAAUUGCAGGAGUAAGAAGUAGGACCGAUGUGAAUAUCAAAAGAACAGUGGUGGCAGUUGAGGGGGGAUUAUAUACUAAUUACACAAUGUUCAGAGAGUACUUGCACGAAGCACUGAGCGAGAUACUGGGAGAUGUUGCCAAAAAUGUAAUUCUUAGGGUAACUGAAUAUGGAUCCGGCAUUGGAGCAGCUCUUCUUGCGGCAUCACAUUCAUCCAAUUGAUAGCACAGAUUUCCACAUAUAUAUAUUUAUAUAUGAAUAUAUAUAAAUUGAUAUAUAUAUUAUAUAUACAUAUAGAGAUCCUGUAAAGUUAGAGAAAUUCAUUUCCUCAGCAUGUGAUGUCUCUCUGUAAAAAUGGAAAAAAAGGAAGAAGGGAUUUGUAUUAUUUGAAAGUGGAAUUGUCAAUAUCUUGUUCCCUGCAAUUAUUUGUAAGCUAAAUGUCAACUUCAUUGGCUGGCUCUUGGAACUGAAGGAGUUGGUAUUUUCUGGAUUUCACCAUUUUUGAUGUGGGACUUGACCAUUUUUUUGUGCC